GCGGCGGGGCGGGGCGGGGCGGGGCGGGGGUCCACACCUCACACCGUCACUCAGGCGUUAUCGUCAGUUUUGUCAACACGCCGUCGCCGCCACCGCCGCCGCCACGCGUGCACGUUUCCUUCCGGGCCGGUCCUGCCGCCCUGUCCUGAGCCUGCUUCGGCGCGGCGUCCUGCAGGGCGACUCUCCUGAACACCAAAGGGACGUGACGCGGGAUUCAGUGAAGCUUUAGGACGCCCCGACAAAACCAGCUGUUCCGGCACACAGGGAAGGCAGCGUCAACAGGCACUGAACAGACUACUGAACUCUGACUGUCUGGCGCAAAGUUAGGUAUCAUGUGUGCUGACCUUACUCACACUGAUGGCCAGGAUUGAAGGUGAGACAGGUGCCCUCAGAGAGUCCGCCUCGAGCAAAGAACAAUGUCCCUGGCCGGCCGGAUGAUGCUGGGCGCUGAGGCAUACCAGGUGGUGCCGGUGGCCUGCCUCCCGCCCCAGCCUCACCACCAGCCUGCCGUGGCCUGCCUCACCCGCCACCCAAACACUCACACCACCUGGGCCGCAGCCACCACCACCACCUACGGCAACUACCACUCCCCUUACCACGGGCAUUACGGCGCCAUACACGGCCUCACCGCGCCGCCCCCGCUCAUGCAGAGUAAACUUUUGAGCGACUCGCCCCCCGUCUCCAAGUGCCCGUCAGUGCCCCUCCCGCAGCUCUCCCGCACCUCCUUCCACGUGGGUUACUACGUGCCGCCCUCCGUCGAGCCGGGCGACCUCUACGGCGGCCUCGAGCAGGUGUGGAACCAACACUUCGAGUUGCUCUUCAGACACCUGCCACACGUAUGGUCAUUUGGGCCCGCCGACACCACGCCCAAGGACUGGCUCGUCUUCAGGGACAUGGCCAAAGUACGAUUCUCAUGUCAGCGGUGCUCUCACGGGUGGACCAGCAUGUAUGGCCUCGUGGUCUUCUACUACCGCUGGGACGCCGCCUCCAAUCAGGGCUUCGUGCGCUUUCUCCUCACCGGACAGAAAUGCAACCAGUGUGAUCUUGACGACUUCGAGACUCCCAUGUGGUACCCGGAGGAGGCGCAGAAGGUGAUGACCAACCUGUACCAUGAGGUGGCCAAUCAUAUCUACAAGCUGCAGACGCCGCCGCUGAUCAGGGACCGGCGUCACGGGCGUCCACGGCAGCAGCACAACACCCACAUGUGUGAGGGCUGCCGCCAGGGCCUCUGCAAGACUACCAAGACACAGCAGUCUCCCACGGCCACACAGACAUGAAACAGACCAAAGGCAGCUCAAGAAAACUAAUGAUAGACACACAGAGCAAAGAUCAUGUUUGGUCCAGCUAAUUGUAGGGAUCCCAUUAUUUCUGAAUCUCCAUACAACAGAUCUUUAUAUUAUCAUUAUCACUCUUAUCAUUUAUUAUUAUUACUAAUGUAAUCAUAAUUACUAAAACAAUCAAUUUAAAUUUCUAAUAAUUACUUUUUUAUAAUUGAGUUAUUAUACUUAUUACUUUUACUAUUAUUAUUAUUACUAUUAUUGUCAUUAUUAUUAUUACUAUCACUAUUAUUAUCAUUAUUAUAAAUAGUAGUACUAUUAUACUAUUAGCCCAGCACAUCACAGAGGUGAUUGUCUCUGGAAUGGAGGCACACAUUCCAUGUUAUUUCUCUACUCCUCACGCUAAAAAGCCUUGGUUUAAUCACGCUUGUUCUCGUGCUGUCAAAGAUAGAGAGGCAGCUCACAAAAGGUACCAGAGCCUUCACACUCCUGCUAACCAUGAUCUUUAUAUUUCUGCCCGGAAUCAUGCCAAAUCUAUUUUUCAACUUACCAAAAGCUCUUUUAUCAAUAGAAAAUGUCAAAACCUUGCUUUUUCUAAUUCUUCCCGGGACUUCUGGCACCUAGCCAAAAAUAUCUCCUCCAAUUUCACUUCUUCAUCUUUCCCUCCUCUCCUUAACCCUGACGGCAGCACCGCCGUCUCAUCUAUCUCUGAGGCUGAACUCUUCUCUCAAACUUUCUGUAAAUACUCCACUCUGGACAAUUCUGGGCAUAUUCCUCCUAUUCAUCCUCCUUCUGACUCCUUUAUGCCUGUUAUUAAGAUUCUUAAGAACGAUGUUUUCUAUGCCCUCUCUGGCCUCAACUCUCAGAAGGCUUAUGGACCUGAUGGAGUGCCUCCUAUUGUCCUUAAAAACUGUGCCUCCGUGCUGACACCCUGCCUGGUCAAACUCUUUUGUCUCUGCCUAUCAACAUCUACCUUUCCUUCCUGUUUGAAGUACACCUUCAUACAGCCUGUGCCUAAGAAGGGUGACCACUCCAAUCCUUCUAACUACCGCCCUAUAGCUUUACUUUCCUGUCUAUCUAAAGCUUUUGAAUCAAUCCUUAACAGGAAGAUUCAAAAGCACCUUUCCACUUCUAAUCUUCUAUCUGAUCGCAAGUAUGGGUUCCGCAAGGGGCGUUUUACUGGCGACCUUCUUACUCAGUCUCAACUGGAAACUUCACAUCUCCUCUCUCACUAAAUAUGUUUCCUCAAGGUUGGGCAUUCUGUAUUGUCUCCACCAGUUCUUCUCCCCCGCACAGAUGCUUUCCAUUUAUAGGGGCCUUGUCCGCCCUCGUAUGGAGUAUGCAUCUCACGUGUGGGGGGGCUCCACUCACACAGCUCUAUUGGACAGAGUGGAGUUUAAGGCUCUUCAUCUCAUCAGCUCUCCUCCUCUUACUGAAAGUCUUCUACCUCUUAAAUUCCACCGCUAUGUUGCCUCUCUUUCUAUCUUCUAUCGAUAUUUUCAAGCUGACUGUUCUUCUGAACUAGCUAACUGCAUGCCUUCCUCCCUCCCACAGCCCCACUGCACUUGAUUGUCCAUUCUAGCUCAUCCCUAUACUGUCCAUGUGUAACCACUGACCAAAAGCUGUACAGCAGGUGACGACACACAGCCGGCUUUGCAGUGGUGACAGAGGGAUGCAAGGAUGGGCUGGAGGUGUGAACACCAUGCAUGUACUAUUGUAACUAUGCUGGGGGGGGGUAUGUAAUCAUGGUGCCACAACUACAUGCUUAGCUAUGCUGAGUGAAGUGUAAACUGUUUGGGCUGGCAUGCUGGGGCAACACACACACAUCACACACACACACACACACACACACACACACACACUCACACACACACACACGCUGGAAAGGAUACAGAGAAUUGCAACUAAAAUGGUCCCAGAACUCUCGAAUAUGACGUAUGAAGACAGACUGAAGGAGAUGGACUUGACGACACUGGAACAAAGAAGGGAGAGAGGAGAUCUGAUCACGCUGUAUAAGUUGGUAAGUAAGUUUGAUGAGGUGGAUAGAGAUGAUCUCUUCUUAACUGUGAGAAUGCAGGGGCUGAGAGGACAUAGGAAGAAACUUAAUAAAGGAACAUGUUUGAGUGACUUAAAAAAGAAUAAUUUUCCACAUAGCAGUGUUAACACAUUGAACAGCGUGCGGGAAGAGGUGGUGGAGGCGAACAAUGUCCAACAAAUGGAGGAAAGACUGGAUAAAUGUAGAUAUGGAGGCGGAACUAUUAGAGCUUAGCUCGGGCCCGGUAGACUACAAAUAGGUAAACACACACACACACACACACACAACUAGGUACAACUAGGUAAAUACACACACACACACACACACACACACACACAUACAGUACUAUGGUUACUUUUCUUUUUAGUUUCUAGUAUUCAAAUGUCAUUCACUAUUCAGAAAAACAGAAGACAAUUAAUUUUAUUAUAUUAAAACUGAUGUACCGGUGCACAUGAAGGAGGGAGGGAGUCUGUCCUGCCUUCAUGAACGGAAUCCUAAAAAUGCAAUGAACUAGCCACCUUUGUUUUCCUACUUUUUAUCUGUACCUCCACUUCUGUUUUCAGAAAAAAGAUAAAAAACUCAAACUAAACUACCAUUUAUAAUUCAUUUAUAA